UGACAGUGAGUUUGCACCUUAUUCGAAUCUUAUUUGAUGCCUUGCUUCAUAUGUUCAUUCUUUAUAUACAAAGCAAAUAACAUCUUGAAUAUACGUCCUUACAAAUAAACGACUUCAAGAAAAAUCAAACAGUAAAACAGCAUUUCUUUUAUCAACAUGCAAAAUCACGAGACUGAUUCAUUCCUUGCAGAAUCAGAACAUGAAAUGUUUUGUUCAAUCAAAAUUUCUGUUGGCGAUUUGCAAAAACACCUGAUCAAUUCAACUAACGAAAAUCGAUGUGUGGAAAUGAAUAAAACGACAGCUCUUUUCGAUGUAUUAUGUCUGCAUAUUGUACAUAAACAUUGUUCAAAAGGGGUACCAUUCUUGUUCAGUACUAAACAUUUUAUCAUAAUAUUUUCUAUAAGAUUGUUUAUUUCAUGAUCCUGAUUCAUUGUGAUCAUGAAUGUUUUUUGAAAAUUUACUCAAAACUUAAAGUUAGGCCUACAAAGUUUAAGCACAAUUAGUAGCAAAAAGUUCCUCACUGCGGACAGUAAGAGUCUACAGUCCUUCAUGUAUACUACGUUCACAGUUCAAAAGUAUCGGGAAUUGACCAAUUGGUUCAUAUAAAUACUUAAAAACCAUUUUAGAUAUAUUUUUUCAAGGUAUGAAACUAUAAUUGAUGAUACUUUUUCAAUCUAGUAUACUCUCCUUUACUUCAAGAACUUUACCUUAGUAUCGAUCAAAAUGUUAAUGCAAACAACAAAUAAGAUCCUUACUUCAAUUAAAUCAAUAAAGAAAUGCAAGCCAAGGACAUUUGUGGUAGAAAGAAAAACAAUCUUGGUGGUACAAAAUAAAAAGCCCUUUCGUCUAACAAUCUUCAAAGUAUAAAGCGUCAGAACAUAAAUCAGAAACCCUAAGCUAGGAGGAAUAAAAAAAUCAACCUUAUCAAAAUGCUAGCUCAUAGGACACAAAAGACUUGUGCAAAGCCAAAACUCAACUCGGAACUUUACCAACUAAAAAGAUCUUUCUGGAGAACAGCAAUCCAGAGGAUGUCAUUGCUACUUAUAAUAAGGAGAAAUUUGUAAGCUUUUCGGCUGAAAUAAAAUUUGGUUCGGAAAAGAGCUCGGUUUAUCUGAAACAACCAUGGGUCGGAACAUUCUUUGAGUUUUGAAAGCCCGAUCAAAUGAGCCAUUAUUACAAAAUGCUUCCUUGCUGUUAAUCCUCGUGUAGUUUGCAGCAAAAAAAGGCAAUCUCAACAGCCAUGUGUUCGCGUUUUCUGAUUGGCCUAUUUCGAUCCACAACUGGGUAUAUACAUUUCAAAGCUUGAUCCACUUUCUGAUAAUUUAUGCUCAGAUAAGUAUCAAGUGAAAAACUUAAAUAAAAACAUAAAUUCAUUCAAUCAAAACUUAUUAUCUAUAAAAAAUUUGGCUUGUAUUUAAAAUGAGUAUUAUUUUACUCUAUGACAUUUAUUACGUCUCUUCUUGACAGAACAACCACUCAAUGAGACAGCUAGCAUGGCUAAGCAUCACUGUAGUCAUUAUAAUACUCGUCUAUAUACACCGAAUUCUUAACAGUUUGGUGCCGGAUUACCCCAACAACCUCCUAGCUAAACCCCCAAAGCCUGUAUUUGAUACAAGCCAUCAAGAACAACCAAACUGCAAAAAUAUGCUCCAGACAUUAUUACAAGGUCAAUGGAGACUAAAGGAGGAUGUAACUUUUAAAGACUUUCUUUUUCAUCGACGAACAGACAUGCAAAUGCGAACAAAGAAAGGGUGGCCUCCUUUAUUGUAUCAUGGGGAUCUUCGAUGUGGGACAAAGUUUCCUUUACCAAGAGUGACAUACACAAACAGGACAGAAGGAUAUUACCUAGACAUACCUUCACAAUGCGACACAGUUAGUGACUCACCUUGUUGCAGAGAUGACGUAGGGUGGUGUGGCAAUGGAAAGACAUUUUGUGAGUGUGAAAGUUGCAUUGAUUACAGGCAGUACAUACCUGCAGAGCUUGCUGUAUGGGAGACUGAUAGUGGCUGUAAUAUGAGAAAUGUAGACACGAUCGAAGCUUGCCAUGAAUUACAAAAACAUUUCACCUCAGUUACUUUUAUUGGUGAUUCCUUAGUCCGCCAUCUUUUUUCUUCAUUACUUAUAUUAAUGACAGCUGAUCCAGAAAAAGGUGCUUUAAAAACUGUAACAAGUCAAGUUGAUAAAGAAAUUUGUGCUGGAGAAAACCAGUUUGUGGAUAGUGCAUGCCAUAAAUGGUUGUCAAUGACAUGGGAUGAUGUUGAAAAAAAUGGCAAUUACUGUGUUGGCAUGCCUGAGGGACACAGGCCAAGAAUAGGUUUUAUUGAAGCAUACAAUAUAAAGCAAUUGCAUAAAGCAAAACAAGAAUUAAAAACUAGACUUGAAGAGAAGCGGCCGCUUGUAGUUAUAGGGAUAGGGGUACAUGAAAAUUUCAAUUACUCGAGAGUUAUUGGAGAAUACUUGAAACCAAUAAUUGAAAUGAAAAACAAAUCAAACAGCAAAACAGAAUUGUUGUGGCUCAAUACACACUCAUCUGGACCACUGAAACCCAAUCAAUUCAGGGAGAUUCAAGGGAAUACAAGAAUUAAAAUAUUUAACAAUAUAAUGAGUGAAUAUUGUAAGAAAAACGAUAUCUUGGUGAUGGAUACAUUCAAUUUCACAAGAGGAGUAGACAGUUUUGAUGGAACUCAUUAUGGCUACAAAAUUAACCAAGUAAAGACGCAAAUAUUGCUAAAUAGUUUAACCGAAAUCAGCCAACGACCAAACAGCCUUGAUUAGCCUUGUUGAACCUAUAAGACUGGCAAGUUGUCAUCUUUUGUAAAAUUGACUAUUUUGUAUGCAAUUCAUGUUUCUUAUAAAGAAGCAGUCGAGGCAAAAAUUGACACCAACUUGCUUUUGAAAGCCACUUGCUGAAAAGAAGCAUUUAAGUACAGUUGACUCUGCUUAAAGUCACACUGCUGGCUACAGUAACAUCAAACUUAGGCCUAAACAUGAAAAAACUGUUCAAUUCAUUUCAGCUUAAAGUAAAAAUUUGGUUGCCUGGCCGUUGCCCUGAGUUACAAUAAGCGGUCUCCUGCUUAUAAAAAACAGCCGUGCCAGGUGUGGGAAAGGCCGAAUUGUCUACCCCUGUUACUCUCCAAACUUUUCAAGCAACAAUUGGUGUGACUAUAAAUGGAGUCAACUGUAAAUUAUUAGAAUUUUGUAACAGGUAAUAUUUUAUACAAACAUGACAUUGACUUUACAUUUAUAGCGAUAGUUUGUUAGCAAGCAAUUAACAUCCUAAAAAAUAUUAUCAUUGCACAUAUAUUGAAGAGUCCUUGUUUGCAUUCUGAAAAUUCAAAAGUCUUGGCACAGACUUGGUGGCAUGUUACCAGCUUGAAAAAGGUAAAAACUCUAGCCUUUAACAUGUGGCAUUACUUUUCGUCUUUAUCGGAAAAAUGACAGUCAAAUAUUCAUUGGUCACACCAUUUUAUUUUCUCCCAACAGUGCUUGCCAAUCAGCACACAUCAAGAUUCUGACAAAAAACCCUUUUGAAUUUUUCAGUGUUUUUUGCCAGACUAUCUACAAAAACAUAGAUCCCAAGGAAUCUGGAGAUGCCCUCCAAAAAAAUUCCCCAGUUUUUAUGGCCAAAAUAGUUCAAAAGCCAACAGUAAAAUUAUAUGAAAAGGGAGGUGAUUUGUAGACAUUUAGAGCUUUCAUAUAAGAAAACGCUUAUGAUUAAAAGCUACAUUUUUUAAUUCCAUUUCAAAGGUGGUUACUAGGCUUUUUUAUAGAAUCAUCUUAUCAACCUUUACCUAAAAGAGUCUCACAC